AACGCCAAUGGAGUUGGGGAUUUAUCACAGAACAUGGGGAAGAUGAGCGUGCUGUCGCUGUAUUUUCUCUUGUGCGCUGAUCUGCUGGAUUUAGCCUUCGGGUAUUUAACAGUCACAAUAGAGCCCUUACCACCUGUUGUUGUGGGAGAGACUGUGACGCUGAAGUGCAACUUCAAGACCGACGGCAGAUUGCGAGAGAUAGUUUGGUACAGGGUUACAGAUGGAGGCACAAUUAAACAAAAGAUCUUCACAUAUGAUGCCAUGUUUAAUACCAAUUACUCCCACAUGGAGGACUAUCGCAGGAGAGAGGACCUGGUGUAUCAGUCUACAGUUCGACUCCCAGAAGUCCGAAUUUCAGACAACGGGCCUUACGAAUGCCACGUGGGCAUCUACGAUCGGGCUACCCGGGAAAAAGUGGUCCUGGCAUCAGGGAAUGUCUUUCUCACAGUCAUGUCGCCUCCAAACAACAUCUCAGUAGUAGCAGAGAACACACCAGCGCCAUUCAGCCGCUACCAAGCCCAGAACCUCACUCUGAUCUGCACUGCCAAAGGAGGCAAGCCUGCACCAUCGGUAUAUUUCAAGCGAGAUGGUGAGCUGAUUGAAGUGAUCUCCUAUGUCUCACCAACGGCAGCCGACGAAGGAGGAGGUUCAGCAGGCGUGCGCAGGGCAAGGCCUCUGAUCAGCAGGGAUCUGGACGACACCAAAAUGCAAAAAUCACUGUCUCUGCUUGGACGCCUCAACACUGAGAGUCCAAGAUGGAGCUACGCAGCCCGGCAGGCACGUUAUGAGACCAGUCCUGCAACAGAGGCUAUCCCAGAGACAGUGGUGAGCCGUGAGUUCCCGCAUUGGGUCCAGAGUGCCGACCCGGCCUACUUCUUCAGCAAUGCCCACCUCCCACAGAGUGAUGGUUCUGUGACCGUGCAAGCCAAGCUCACGUGGACCCUGAACCCUCAAAUGGACAAUGAUGCCCUGUUCAGCUGUGAGGUUAAACACCCAGCACUCUCCAUGCCUAUGCAGACUGAGGUCACAUUGGCGUCUCCUAAAGGUCCCAGACUUACCAUGAGCCCCACCAGGGCGAAGGUAGGAGACACCGUGCGCAUCAUGGUGCAAGGAUUCCAGAACGAGGUGUUCCCUGAGCCGCUGUUCACCUGGACGCGAGUGGGAGGACGUCUGCUAGACGGCAGCAGUGAGAAGGAGGGGAAGGAGCUGGUGCUGGAGCGAGUGCCUGCAGAACUCAACGGCUCCAUGUACCGCUGUACAGCGCAGAACCCACUGGGGUCCACUGAUACACACACACGCCUCAUCGUUUUUGAAAACCCGAGCAUGAUGAAAAACGCACAGAAUCAGAACAGUGGGGGUCCCAGGUUGCACAUGCACAGACUGAUAUGGCUGCCCCUCGUCCUUGUACUGACUAUCAAACUGAAAUGAGCAUUUGAAUAAAAACUGAAAAAUAAGAGGGAAAAUUAAAAAAAAAAAAUUCCUGCCCCCAUCUACAUGUCCAUCCACGCUGACCAAGCACACACACACACACACACACACACACACACGCACACACACUUUCCCACCCUGGCACACUUGGGGAUUGUCUUCAGAGGACAUCUGCAACAUCGCCAGGGGAUGCCAUGUUCUCUCCUUGUUUUAAUUCUUUUGGUUUGGAUUUUUUUUUUGUCAGAACCUGAUGGCAACGUCUGUGAUCCUAACUACAAAAAGCAAAAGAUAUUCUAUAAUAUAAGAAGAAGCUCCACCUUCUGUAUUGUCCAUACCUCGUUUUUGUGUCUCAUCUCAGCCUGUCAAUAAAAAAAGAAGAAAAAAUGGAAAAAAAGAGGCAAGCCUGGGCUUCUUUCUUCUUUGAAAUGAACUCAUGAUGUCAUAGUGGUUGUAGUGGACUGCGAUAUGAACAGGAAAGACUAAAAACAAGAACACGGACAAUAAUCGCUGCUCCACUUGUACAACUACACUGCACUCGAGCACAAACAUCCUCUUUUUGGACGCCAUUUUGUUGUGUUUUAGCACAGUAUUUUACCCAUUCUGUCUUUUUU